CAACAAGUCACAUCCUCGCACCCGCCGUCGCCUGCCAAGAGGACAUUGCAAUCCGCAUCAUCUACCGUCACCGUGUCGUUGCCCUCUCUGAUUUGCGCCUUUUUGUGUGCACGCGGUACUCGUACGUGGACGAGUCCUUGGGGGUCCUGUAUAAAAACAACUCGUCGGCCCCGCCGCCCCCUUCACGGUGCUUGGUGUGGUUUUACUAUUUCCAAUAUCCACAUCAAGAUACCUUGACCUGAUACCCUCUUCACCUCGGCAGGCCACGGUGUGUUUCUGACUUGACUGCAUUUCCAUCCUCGUGCUCUUGUUCCACUUGAUACCCUGAUACCACGUACCCACAUACAUACCUACAUAGCCUGUUACCGCCCCCACCUCUUCCACAAACAAUCAAUCGAUCACCACUCAAUCAACAACUCGGAAGAAACAAUUAUUUACCUUGUCAGAUCGCACUCCCAACAAGUGCAUCAGCCGCCGAACCGAUUCGUUGCUUUGUCGCUCACACACCCAACAACAAAGCACAGCGCAGCGCAGCACACAGGACAAGCUUGCCCAAAGCCCGACCCGGCCCGAAUUCUAGACCGCAUCAACCAAUCCGCCAGCUCAUUUCUGGUGUGUUUCCGUUUUGGGCAACUCGUGUCAGCAGCAAUAUAGUCGGUAGCGGCGCAUUAAGUCGUGGGAAUUCACCGAGAUUUCCCUCGUCUCGUCCACCAACAAGCUUGGAGCCACCCUCCCUGGUCGCCCAGGGUCAGCUGCCAAGAGAGGAGCGCGAAGGGAAAACGGAAUAGGGACGGACAAUCUUGGAAGGCAAGCCCACAUCGUGAGGCUUUUAAUAGCGCGCCGCGCUGCACAGCUGCAUCCCAUCCGUCUGCACCCCGCGAAGUUGGAUCGGAGACCCUGUCACACCCCAUCGCAUUCGCAUUAUAUUGCAGUGCAUCGACCUGUCUCAACCGGCGCCUACCCGUCUGUCAAGCGACCUCGACCUCGACCUGCUUGUCUCGGCCGACGAUAACUCAGGUUGGAUAUAACAACCUCGGAACAAACAACAAACAAUCACGCACAUAACCGGCUUCCAGGUUCGGGCUAGUCCUCCGGUCGAAGUGACCUUGAGCUCAGACACACAUUGGCAUCCCCCCUCGGAUCGACAUCUGUCUCUGACUUGGACCCCGCGACGGCGUCCUAUCACGGCCUGGCUCACAAUCGCGCAGCUGCAGUCGAGCAUCCGCAUCGGGACACCCACAGCAGGCAGACGCUGCAAGCCCGCAGUCAGUGCACACACGCCUCCUCCUCGUGGCGGGCAGCAAGCAAAUCCCGCCUGUCCUACACACGGACCGCGACGCGUUUGGGAAAAAGAGAGAAGCCUGAGCCUCCUUGUCGGGUCGGCUGCAACCAAACCGAGACAAUCCAGGAGUGCCCUUGACCUGUGCCCAAGGGCCCCCAGCAUCGCCCCCCAGCCUCCCGCUUAUUAGUCCUUAUUCGACCUGGGAUCUUGAUUCUUGAAUCAAAGGGGCCUGUCUCACCUGUGGCCACUCUCCCUCUUGGCUUAUUAUAUGCCAUCUGCCAUCUCGACCUCCCAACCACACCCACACACACCCUCCUUUUCCUUGAUUUCUUGAUUUCGACGCGUCAAGAGUCAAGUCACAAGUCACCUGUCCUGUCCAUCGUCCACCUUGCCGCAGUAUCCAAGUCUGCUGCCUGCAUAUCUCCUCCCUCUCGAACCUGUUUCGACACACGCACCCACUCACACACACACAUCUGAUCUGAUCUCGGGUCUCUGAUCUCGGUGGAUCAUUGCUGCAUGUGUGACACCGGCUCGCACAACAGCAGCAGCAACAGCAACAAAGACCAGAAGCAGCAGCAGCUGGCAGAAGGAGGCGCAUGUGCUGCAGCAGCCGCACCCACUAGCGCAUCAACUGCACCAGACCCCCUGCCUCCGUACCCCCCGUACCCGUACCCGUACCCACACCCCAACCCCACAGGGCACCCCCCACUCGCACCCCCUCCCCCUCCCCCUCCACCCCCUCGGUGCUCCACCUCGCCCGAUACGUCGCGAUCCUUCAGCCAUCAGCCAGGCUCCACCCGACCUGAAAAAAGGCCUUCCACCCUGCCCUGCCUCGGCGAAGCCACAAUAACAAAACCGCUGCCUCCUGCACCUGCAGCAGUCAGCACCACAACCACAACCAACACCAACACAACCAGAUAUCAUAAUAAUAAACACCUCCUCCCACCCCGUCCUCCUCCUCCUCCUCCCACCUCCACCUCCAUCUCCAACUCGUCCGCCGACCUGGACCCUUCGACCUCGUCGCUCCCACCAACACCACCCGAGCUCGACUAUCACCACCACCACCACAACAACAACACCACCACCCACAACACCACAACCACAUCCACAAUGUCUUCCCAACAGUCAUCACGAGGCAGCGCCUACUCGUCGACGGCCUCGUCCCCAUACCAGCACGCCUACUACUACUACGACGCCCCGCCCCAGGCCGCCACCUGGAUGAAGGUCAUCCCCAUCGAGGACGACGAGCUCACCUUUGGCGGCAAGCCCCUGUCCGACUGGCACGAGGAGGACCUGCGCCGCUACAGCAGCUCCAGCUUCGACUCGGACGAGCACCGCGGCCGCACCCGCCAGCGCGCCCACCACUACGAGCCCGCCGCCUCGGCCUCGUCCACGUCUGGGCACCACGGCCACACGAGCAGCAGCAGCCACCACCACAGCAAGCACGGCCACGGCCACGGCCACAAGCACCACCACAAGAAGAGCGACAAGAAGAAGUGAGCGGGCAAGGCGGACGUGUUACCCUGCAACCUCGUGUGGUGGUGGAGUGCAAGCCACCACAGUCAGGACACGCAUCACCGGAUUCCGGCGCAGCAGUCUAAUGUUACGCGUGGGUGACUGACUGACUGACUGACUGACUGCUGCGGGAUGUGCACUUGCGUACGCACACGCACACGCACACGCACAUGCAGCCCCGUUCGUCCCCGGCGGACGCCACAGUCGCUGCACGACGGGCUUGGCGGGGCGGGAACAACCACCACGCAAGCAAGCCCUGCUGCUGCUGCUUGCCCCCCUCCCCCCUCUCUCAUCCCUUGGACCAACAUAUGCGAGAGGCCAGCCAGGGCCCCUCCCCCUGACGUCGAACGCCGCCCGGAACCACGUCAGCUCCCCUCCUCGACAACGCCUCCUCCGCCAGACCAAGCCAGGUUUUCGAAGACUGGCGCCCGUGUACACAUUGGGAGGGAGGCUGGGCUGUACACGGACAUGUGGCGCGAGAGGACAUGGAGAGAGGAGACUUUCAAGCAUCCGGGGAAGGAGAACCUGCAUCUCGGGUGGCGGGAGAGAUAUCUACCUGCUGCCCGUCUCACACCGAUAGAUCCAACCCCCCCAGUCCUCUGUCUCGAAACAACGCACAGAGAGCGGAAGGGGGGCACGACAUAGAUCAAUACGACACGAAUAGAUCUCCAGAUGUCCUAUACAAAGCAUAGACGCAUAGACCUCUAGACACGGAACGGGGAACCCACCCACCCACCCCAAUCUCAUCCUCACCACCAACAUCACCACCACCGCCUCUGUACAAGUACGGACACCCAUUCAUCCACCAGUGGGAGGGAAAGGCACCCGCGGCAGGUCAGAGGGCCCUCAACACAAACACAACAAUGAACCAGCCCUUCCCGCCUCUUGUCAUGCGGCGUGCCGCAUCCAAAUCUGGCCUGCCCGCCUGCCUACCUACAUGCAUGCAUACUGCACGGAGUUUGUUGUUUUUGGUUCAUUCGAUUCGACACCCCGGCUUGAAUACGGGGAGACGGGCGCCACAAUUUAUUUUUUUGUUCAUGAGCGAGCUUGGCCUUUUUGCUUUUCGGCGCGACGCUAUCUGCUGUCUCAUCAUCUUUUUUUUGCUUUUCGAUCGGUCCGCCGGUCGCUGCAUACUGCAUGUCUCAGAUGCUUGCCUGCUUGGCUUUGUUGUCUCUGAUGCACUGUCUCGUCACGGGGGGCCAAGCCAGAUUGAUUGAUUGACCUACCCUGCGCUGGUUGUUUCUUGGGUUGAUUCUUCUUUUUUUUUCAAGGUCAUCUGCGCGACGAUAUCCUGGCCUGCUGUAACCCGCGGCUACGUCUUUGUCUUGGGUUUUCUUGGAGCGAGCUGUCUGUUGGGUUUCUAAACUGUUUCCCGGUUCGGGACUGGGUCCCCGGGAUUCUCUCUUUGGUCAUGAGGACAACUUUGGCUGGUCAGGUGCAUUACGUGUUUAGGUGCAUACAGGGGUACUCUCGAGAUUGGACCUAGCGGUAUUAUUUGGUAGUGAUUAUAGAUAAUCAGAAUGGACACAAUGUAC